CCCUUGCAAAUAACCGAAAGCAAUUUCUGGGUAUUCGUGGAAACCGAUUAUCAAGAACUUUAAUAUCAAUAUUCUAAGCAGUAUAUCAGGAUUUCAGCGGACUCUACAAGAGCGAUCAUGGGAUUUCUCUUCGGAGUUCAGUAUGGUUUAAUCUUAUCCAUUAUGUUUUAUUUGGGAAGAUGCGAGCUGAAUCCUUCGAUACAGUGGACUCACUCAAAUCCGUUGUAAGUAGUUCAUGUGAAACAGUGAAAAUUGAAUUGCAUGUACUUUUUGCCAAGUUUGAUUGGGCUAAUUAGCGAUUGGAAAAAAUACUUACUGACGAAUCAGGCAAAACAAAUCCGUCCUCAAAGAUUGGCAGGAUCAUAGGUUCAUAGAUUUUAAGUCAAACACGUAACAACUGUACUGUAUUUACAACUCCAGGGACCGAAACGGAAGUGCGUUAUCUUUAUGAGAUCGUAAUCUUUAUAAGGUGUUGAGGGAAAGUGUAAUGGCACAACGAGGUACCUUUUUGACAAGAUUCUUAGUCAGAAAAUAACGGUAUUCUACACCUUAUGUUCUAAAAUAAUGCUUAACCGUGUAGAAGAGAGGUGGGAGAGAGUUUGAAUAUUUUAUUUCUAUAUGAAAAAUAAUGUUGCGUAGUUGGAGAAGACGGGAGAAUGGUGUGCGACAAACGCAGACUGCAGACUUGCAGACUGGCAGGUAAACAAGAUAAACAUUGUUGUGAAAUGCUCUAACAGAUUCUCUAUCGCUAAACUUCAAGUCUCCUAAAAGUCAAGUUUAGGGAUAGGGAAUCUGUUUGAGUAUUUCACUGACAACAAUGUUUAUCUCGUCUACCUGCCAGUCUGCAAGUCUGCAGUCUGCGUUUGUCGCACACCAUUCUCCCGUCUUCUCCAACUACGCAACAUUAUUUUUCAUAUAGAAAUAAAAUAUGCAGCCUGCGUUUGUCGCACACUGCACAGAGAAAAGGCGAACUGAGAAACUCCUACUCGCCCAUCAGCCCCGGGCCAUUAGCAGACAUCGUUUUUUCUCAUUUGGACAAACGAGAAGCCGAGUCUUAAGCCAUCACUGAUACUUCUGAAAAAUAAUAUUUUUGAGCCAGAGCAAAGAACAAACGAACGUAAUUAUCAUAAUGUUUGUUUGAAUAUUGAAAGAGGUCUAGAAUAUAAAUAAUUUUCUAUAUUCUCUUACCGGAUGAGUUGAUGAUCACGAAACACCCAGAUCAAUAUCUAUUUAUAUAGAGAUUACAAUGUUAUUUGGCUUUUGUAGUGACCUUGAUUUCACUACAGAAGUGCCGUUCAAGCUUGUCAAGUUCAAGAGAGGUUUCAGUAGAGAUUCAGUAGACUUGGCAACAAUUCAGCAUUAAGACUGAGGGUAAUAUAAAUUAUGCUCAUUAAAGCACUUUCUUUUCUGCUCUCUUUCUGCAAUUUCCGACUUUCGGAAGCGUUUUACCCACUGAACAUAUCACGCCUUUUUUUAAAUAAUAUAUUGAUAAGAGUUUCUCCGAAAAGUAGCUCAGUUUCAGGCAAUUAUCUCGAAAGCAUUUAUUACGUAAUAACUUAAUUUCUCCAAUAAUUUAGCCCUUAACGAAUAUAUUGAUUCAAUACGAUACUUGUCAUCAGUUGGUGUGUCUUAUAUACCGACCGGCGGCGAAUGCAGCGCAAUUUCCCCCGACAAAGUAGUUAGUGCGAAAUAAGGACCUACUGAAUACUGUUGCAGUCAGUGGCAAUUUGUGCAGCAACAUUUCUCGGCCAAAAGACGGAUUUAAUAUUCUCUUAUUUCUAGAUAGCAGGUUAAGAUACUGAUAAUGGCUCAGGUCCGUACUCUUGUGAACGACAAUUUCUCGAAAAGUAGUUGGAAACUCUUUGAGCUGGUCUGUGAAGGGAAAUAACUCGUGACCGGAAAUCAGUUUCAAAAUAGGCAAUUUUGUUUGCAAAUUCGAUGUGCGUUUUUUUUGGUUAUUAUUAUUUUGUUUUCGAUGCAGCACCUGUUCAGAUGUCUGGCAGGUCGUAAUCAGUCAUUGUGUAUUUUUAUUGUAUUUUGGGCGUCGUUCUGGUCUCUGUGUUUUAUCUGGUACAUUUUGCGUGCGUAGUUACAUCGUCUAUUCGUAUACUAAGUGUAAAAAUAUGCGCCGAAAGUCACAAGCAUUAACAGGAACCUUCAAUCCUGACAUGGAUUAGUUCUAUUGUGUAAAAGCAACUUGUGUAAGGCUUCCAGAAUAAACAAGGUUUCACGCAAUGCUGCUCACAUCAUUAUCAAUUAGGAAUAUGUAUAUAAUGUUACUGACAAAAACGUUUAUAGUACAUUUGUACUGUUUAGCCAGCAAUAAAUUAUCAUUAUUAUUAUUAAAUUAUUAUUAUAAUUUUCACUGCUUUAAGCCCUGAAAGUCCUUAUUGUUAAAUAAGUGCUUCCAGGGCUAUCGAGGAGCAUGAAACAUGAAAUAUGGAAGAUAUUUCUUUAGUUUUAAUAUGGUUAUCCGAAAACGUCUUUUUGCGGGACGAGUUCAAAAGAAAAUCAUGUCGCAAAAUAAUUUAGUGCUUUAUUUUGGUUUUAUUAUACUGAAUGACUACCUUGCCAGCAGCAGAGGUUUCACAGCAUUUACGAAGUGUUUCGUGUCGCUUGUCAGUCGCGUGGUUAGGGCGUAAAGAAUUGCAAAACACUACGCGAGAACGAUUUCGUCAAUGCUAAAAGCCAUGCAAGAGAGAAACCUCUGCGCACGCAGGCUACCGAAUGACAGGAUUUCCCUUUAAAUCUUGGAGGAGCGGAAAAUGGUAAGGGCCUUUUCCCGCCCCUCCUAGAUUCCAAGAGAAAAAAAGCCUUGUGGAAGUACACUCUUUUUUGAUGCAAAUUCCUUGAAUAAAAAUGAUGAAUAUUGUUUUCUCAACCAAUUUGUCCGCCAUGUCACGUGGUUGGGGUCUAUUAAUUAGACUGUUCACAGUGCCUUAUUGUUUCGUAAGAUUGUCAGCAUCGAGCGCUUACCGGUACGGGCGGCCAUCUUGGUUCCAUAUAUACCGAGGGCCGGUAAAUUUGAAAUUCAACAAAGAUGGCCGCCCGCAACGCUAAGUCUUCGAUCUUGAAGAUCUUACAAAAAAUAAUAGGGGACUAUAAACAGUCCUGAGCCAAUAUAUCCACCAGAAAGAGAUAACUCUUUGAGGUUUAAAUUUCCCGCCAAUUUGUUACUUAAAAUAACUUGAGAAUACUACUUGGAAUAAAGCCUGUUUCUAAGUCCUCUAAACUCUAUGGUAUGCAGUGCGAUUCAUAUCCGAUCUGGCUAUGUUGGCAGUGGUGUAACUAGAAACUGCUUUCUUCUAAGCCUGUCUGCAAAAACUAAGAAUUAAGGAAUGUGGGCUCUGUUAGGGACUAAUAAGACGACCUAGGAUCUAUCCCUUUUUUGAAUAAGGAAACACAAAUAAGCCGAAGGCCGAAACCGCCACAAAAAGCCGCGGGUAACCGAAACAGGAAACCGCACAUGAAAAGCCUCUGGCACCAAGGGUAACAAAUCAUACGAGAUGGUGAAAAAGAUAAAUAUGAAAAUAUAAAUAUGGAGAAUUUUCUUAAUUUUUUAUUAAAUACUCUUGGCCUCGUAUUCCUUCGGUACACAUGAAUCUUAAUUCCCGGAUUUAUUUAGCUUGCAUAGCAAGCGUUUCCGCGCAAGUUCGUUGGGAAACUUGGAAAAGGAGCAAAAAGAGGUUUGAAGUGGAAGAGGCAAGUGUUUUCACUUCCCUUCCCUCCCGCCCCUCUUUUUUGAAUUUUUGUUUUUGCUCUCGCUCUAACUUCCGCGCAAUAGCUCGAUCGGAAACGUUUUCUACGCAGACUAGGAUUUACUGCUUAUAUUCUAUUUUUCUUUCAGAUUUACGAUAAACAGAACACAUUGUGUUAAUCCGUUGUCCAGAGUAUUCUUCAUUUGUCCAAAUACUGUUACCAUCCUAACCAGACUAAAAACCAGUCAAUCAAGUCCGCAAUACGAGAAUCUGUGGUUGGUUGGCAAACAAGGCUUUGAAGGUUGUGAGGUGAACAAAUCGAUCGACAAGAAGCUAAUAGAUUGCAAUAAUCCAUUGAACUUGCUCUAUUAUGAAGUCAUAUUUAAGAGAUACAGUGCAGUCAUGAGUGCUCCAGUGUUUGAACCAGGAAAGGAGUACUAUUUUAUUGGUAAGAUUACAUAGUAAGUAAGAAUGGUGACCGCAAUCACUCCCCUAUUAAUUUUCAUAAUUUAAUCAAAGUUUACGGUCAUUUAAGGCCUAAGAAGUUUGUUGUUAGAGCCCUUAAGGUCGAUUUUGGCAGGCUGUGAGAAAUCGUUUUCGAAAUUACGUACGUUUCUAUAAAAAAAGAGAAAUCGUUAUUUAAUGAGCAAAAGAGCUCUUAAAAGUAGUAUGUGAUGUUUUAGGGUGCUAAAAACCUUGCGGUAAACGUGAACCUCAAACCGCAAACCUGACGGCAAGGCACUGGUCACGUGACUUCUUGACAUUCCCGGAAAAUGCUGAAAAUCUUCCAUCCUUAAAGUCAGUUCAAAUACUUGCUUGUUCGACCUCAGAUAUCCAGUGUAAAAGUUCCCACUUAUAGGGAAAAUAGAAAAUUAAUUGCUGGCUUUUCUGCACUCAUGAUACCAGAGCUAGAUAAGUCAAUCUGGUUUUUGUCUGGUUUGGAAUCAAGGUAAUAUAGCAAAUUCUGAUCAUCCGCGCCUUGAGCUUGCCCCCUAUCCCCCUUUACGGUCCCUCCUAUUAGCCUUGGAGACGAAUUUUGGUGGGGCUGACCAAGUUUUCUGGCCUGUUCCUUGUCCACUUCUUUCUAAUUUGGGGCCAACUAAGUCCUCUAUGCUACGUUUUUAGCGACUUCAGAUGGUACAAGAUCGUCCUUGGACAAAACUUCCGGAGGGCGUUGCAGCUCACAUACGAUGAAGCUUAAGUUCUAUGUUUGUACAAACAAUACAGGUUAGUACAGAACUUCCCGGAAGCAAAAGUGGCUGCUGGCUUGGGGUCGUUUUUUAUUUCUCAACAAGAAUGAAUGAGCUAAAGAAUGAACGGUUGAAGGAAUUCCCUGGUUUAUGAACAGGUGCAAGUAAAAAUGAAAGAUACAAACUAUAUAACGCCGCUACUAAAAGAUAAAGCCACAAUUAGGCAAUAGACCUUUCCGACGCUUUUGUCAAGUUUUAAUAAAGGACAGUUGGUGAAUAUCCAUCGACACCGCUGGGAGGUUUCAGCGCCUUACAAAAAGUAAAUUUGCCAAGUUUAAAGGUGAUACGUCUAUUAAAGUGCGCGAAGCUAUUGCUGCUCCACAAAGUCGCCAAAUUUUACAGACGUUUGUAUGGUGUGGGGGCGAGUUCGUGCUCCCCACCAUACAAACGUUUUGUAAAGUUUCGCAGCUUUGCUGAUCGAGAUCUUCCUUAGUUUUCAACAAAUCCCUCUAAAAAUGAGCCUCCUUACUGAUUAUUUUUCCCAGCGGUGUUAAAGGAUUUUUGCUAACUGGUCGCGGUAAAAAGAUGAAAAAAAACCGUGGAAGGGUCUUUUGUUCUGUGAUCGUUACCCCGCCACAUACACAUGUAGCUGCUUCGAGAUUGGGCUAUUUUUUAUAUUAACCGUGGAGACAGUGCAAAGGAGAGUCUCAAUAUUGGAUCCUAUGUGUGUAAAACUACUACUGGUAACUUUUAAAUUGAAUUGUCUGCUUUGUGACUGCGAGCGACCAUAGCUUAAUUUGUUCUUUCCGCUAUCAAGCAAUCUCUUUCGGUUCCACUUUAGAUCCACGGUGCCAAAGCGAUGAUCUGUGCAAUGGUAUAGUUCCUACACAUGCUCCAACAACUGCUAGCACUGCGAAGGCAACAACGAAAUCGACACAAACCACUCCCGCUACCACUAACGUGGUAAAAAACACUUCAUCCACAGCGUACAUAGUUCCCACCUCGCGGAUAAAAACUACAGGUAACUGAAAAAGCCUGAAUGUUACUCGCACGAAAUAAUAUUCAAUGCCUAAAUCCUCGAGCUUAGUACGCAUUCUUUUGACGUGUUCUCUAUGACGCUGUAGCAUAAGAUAUACUAGUAAACUUCUUUACAAUUCCAUUAUUUGUACCACUGUUACUAAUAGUACUACUACUACUACUACUACUACUACUACUCCUCCUCCUCCUCCUCCUCCUCCUCCCCCCCCCCUUUCUCCUGCCCCCCUUCUCUCCUACUUUUUCUUACUUCCAAUUAUAUAUCUUAAGUGACAUAAACUACGUGACCAUGUUAGACAAACACACAAUAGUCAUCAUAAAAGCACAAUUAAUUACAUAUAUAAGAAGUUAACAACCUCCUCCUCCUCCUCCUCCUCCUCCUCCUCCUCCUCCUCCUCCUCCUCAAAUCAUUUUCAUUUUAAAGUAAAGUUAAUUACUGGCGGGAACUUACGUUGGUCGCCAAGGACAAAGUAUAAGUAGAUGAGGCAGUCGAAAAACUUUUCUAUUUCCAAAUACUGAAAAACGCAACAUUCUUUUCAGUUGCAGCCAAUCCCGGACGUGAAAGAAAGAGAUCCUUUAAGGAAACUACGUACUUUAUAGCCAUUGGUGUUCUUGUGUUCCUGUGCGUUCUUCUUAUCAUCGUUUCUGUUAUUUUGAUCUAUCGGUUAAGUCGGAACAGAAUGCACAAGUCACGCCAACCGCUGUCAAGUCACGACACGCCCACCGGCGUUUAAAGUGUGUUCGGAAAAUACGAUAUCUUUACAUAUAAAUGUAAAUCAAACUGAAGGAAAAUGGCCCUGGCAUAGGUGUGGCGAGUUUGUAUGGAAAGGUUCUGCUUUGGACAACCUACCACUAUCCAAGCCGACCAAAAGCUUUGCGGAAAGAGGUGUGAGCGACGAACCAAUCGAUUAA